GAUGCUUGUUGUUAAAAUGUUUUUAGAAACGUUAAAAAUAUUAUAAUUUCAGAGUAUGUACCUCUAAACUCUUGAAAUGUGUACUUUUACAAUUACGAGUAUGUUGUCAUCCAAAUUUGAAAUUUGGUGUUGUUUUAGCCAUGUAUUAUGGUUCAUUGCAGUAUUUUGAGGUUAAUAAUGUGUAUUAAUUAGAAACAUUGGAAGAAAAUGAACAUCAUUUGGUAACAUUUUGUUAAUGAUUACUUUGCUAAUUCUGAAACUGGUGGAAUGAACUUUAUGAUUACAUUUUGGUUGUUGAAAGGAGCAAAUCAUUCAAGAGAAAAUGUUUGAGAUUUACUCUGAAGUAAGAGCUAUACUUUCUUCUAAUGUUGUAAGUGCUAUUGAAGGAUGUGUAAUGGACACUGUAAAACAGUGUGUUCUGACUGCCAGUGUUGAACAAGUCACUGCUGAAAAUGAGAUUCAGUACCAUUUGUAUGGAACUUUAGAUGGCAUAUUAAUAGCAAAAAAUAAGCUUGAAGAACUUAUGAACAGUUUGCAUAUAAAGAGAUUAGCCAAAGAAUCCAGCGAGCAUGAUAGCACUACCUUAUCAGAAGAAAACAGCAGUUUAGCAGAUGAAGGUAAUACAUCAUAUGAUAAAGAAGGUACAGACAAGACAUCUUGCCUUUCUGAUGAUAAAGAACGAGAAACUAAUGCAUCAUCUAAUGGUUAUGUUAGUACUAAUACAGAAAGCAGUGUUAAGACAUUGAAGUUAAAACCUUUAUCGAAGAAACUACGUUUUAUAUUAAAAGAAAGACCUAGAGUUAGUCAAAAGACAAGAUCUGCUAGAUUGGCUUUGCAGCUACGGACACUAAAGAAAAAAUCAAUUCUUCGAAAUAAACCUUUGAGACCUCUUAGUAUUCUCAGACAUGAUUCUGAUGGUUUGAGCGAGAAUUUGCAGCAGAUGAAAUUAGCAACUGAAGAAUCUGACUUUGACUCUGCUGAACCAGAUGUUAAAAAUAACAAAUCUUCCGAUAGUACCCCAUGUAAAGAAAAAGACUAUGAAGCUGCUUCUCCCUACAAACAUUUCUGUGAACUUUGUUCGUUUAAAACUAAACGAAGUAGUCACUUCAGUAAACAUAUGGCAAUACAUGAAAAAGUGAAUACAUUGUAUAAAUGUAGUCAGUGUCCUUUUAAAUCAGUUCGUCUGAGCCAUUUACGUAGGCAUGAAAUGACACACAGUACAACGGUUCAUACAUGUUCUGAAUGUCACUAUAAAACAGAUGAUAUUAAAUUUCUCCUGCGACAUAUUAAAUUGAAACAUCGAGGUUAUCAAAAUGACAAAAAUUCAUCAUUAAUUUUGAGCUGUCCUCAUUGUAGUUAUCAAACAACAAAGCAGCAUUAUUAUGAUAGGCAUCAGCGUAUGCAUUGUUCAAAAAGAAAUUUUCUUCAUCAGUGUGAACAGUGUUGUUAUAAAACUCAUCGCAAAGAGCAUUUUGUGAGACAUGUUAAUAAUGUUCAUGGUGAUAAAAGACCGUAUCUUUGUCAUUUGUGUGGAAAAGCUUUUAAAAGAGGUGAUGCUUUGCAGCAACAUCACCAAACUCAUUCUGAAAUGAGACUUGCAGAAAAUGCAAAUUAUAAAUGCAAUGCAUGUGAAAAAACAUUUCGAUCACAAUCUCAUUUGUUUGAACAUCAAGCUGUGCACUCUGAGAUUCGUUCAUUUUUAUGUGAAAUUUGUGGAGCCUCUUUCAAAACUAGGUCUGUGCAGAGGAAACAUGUUUUAAGUAUUCAUCGGAAUCCUCGUGCUUACUCUUGUGAUUCAUGUUCCAAAAAAUUUAACACCUUAUAUGCACUAAAGCGACAUCAAAAAAUACAUUCUGUAAAAGGCAACCAGAUUCCAAAAGCUACUGUGCCAGAUACUAGUAUAAAUAAUGAAUUAGAAAAUGCUUUAAGUAGCUUGAAAACUUGUUAUUCUGAGCCUGUUGCACCUGUAGUUAGCAUUCCAAGUUCAUCUGCAGUCCAGCCUCUAAAUCCGGCAGUUGAUGCUGCAGUAGCAGUUGAUAUUGCUUCUGUUCCUCUUCCAGAUAUACCAGUGUCAGGUACUGAGAUAUUGCAGCAACUAACACCUGCUCUCUUUCAGACAUCUGAAACUACUACAUUAUUAUAUUUAGCAAGUAGUAUACCUAAUUUCCACUAACCCAGUAAUUUCAUAGUAAUGUUCUAAAUUUUCUUUACUUAAUACUUUCUAACUUUAUGUAAAUUUUCCAAGAAUAAUCAGAUCUUGCUAUGUAUAUUUUAGUAAUACUUUGUGAUUGCUUUUUAUUGAGUUAUCAAUAAAGAUUCAAAAAUUAAAAAUAA